AUGAAGCCCUUACUUCCUGAGAGCUUCUUUAUCCUGAAGUGCAUUGGACUGUGGCAGCCGGUACACUGGGAGGGAUUUAAAACUUGGAUUUACAAACUCUUUACGGUUUUUAGUCUUGUCAUCUUAUUUACCGACACUGGCUCGCAGAUUGUCGACUGCUUUGUCACCUGUAAAACUGUUUCUGAUUAUGCCGACCACUCUUUUAUUUUGUUGACCAUGAUUGGGAUCUGUAUAAAAAUGGCUAGUCUUGUUAAAAAUCGCUAUAGAAUUGCUGAGCUGAUGGAGAGGCUUAGCACCGGCGUUUUUCGAACUAAUAAUCUGGAAGAAGAAAACAUUUUAGCCAAGUUCGAUAAUAUUAUGAAGUGGAGAACCGUAUUAUUCUGCAUAUUUGUCCAAAUGGGUACGGUUAAUUUGAUAAUAUCGUCAGUAAUAUACUUAGCACCUCACCAUAUAACAAUUACGAAGCUCUACCUGCCGUGGGACAUAAAGACAGAUGCCGGGUACUGGACAGCGUGGGUCCUGCAGGCGAUUUCCCGAUUGUUCGGUGGUCCCGUGAACGUCGCAUGUGAUAGCCUUGUUUCCGGAGUCAUGUAUCGUGCUUCGGCACAAUUUAAAAUCCUGGCAAGUCGUCUGAGAGGCUUCCUGUUGGAACCUGCAAACUUUGAGAAUAAAAAAUACGAUUAUCAUAGAGUGGAAAAACACGAAGCGAAGAAAAUGGCUGAAUUGGUGAAAGAACACCUGGAGAUUAUACAGAUUAUUACAAAGCUCAACGAUAUCUUUGGGCUCGUCAUCUUCAUGCAGUACUGCGUUAGUUCCACAGUCCUCUGCGUUACGGUAUUCGUUUUCGCUCAGGUCAGACAAUUUGACAUUCAUUGUGCUAUGAUGAUUACUUACACUGGAUGUCUGUAUUUUCAAAUCUAUCUUUUAUGCUCCGCUGGAACUGAAAUGACUUCUGAGAGUCUCAAUUUUGUGUCAUACAUUUAUACAUUUGACUGGAACGAAUUGAAACUAAGUACCAAAAAAAGUUUGCUAAUAAUGAUGUUAAGAUGCCACCGUCCACUGAAAUUCAGAAGCUCCCAAAUAAUUGAACUGUCUAUUGAAUCAUUUAGCCAGAUCGUCAAAUUUUCAUACUCCGCUUACAGUGUAUUGGCUCAAUCACAACCUUAA